AUAUCAUCCAACAUGAGAGGAGAAACUUAUUUCAUUCUGUUCCUUGGCAUUGCAGUAGCAUCUCACUCUGCCUUGGCAUCCAAGAAACUACUCAAAGAGCAAUCACCCUGCAAGAGUUUUGUGCUCUACUACCAUGACACCCUCUUCAACGGCACUGAUGCAGUUAACGCCACGUCUGCAAUGGUAGCAAAUAAGACUAGUCUAGGCGAUUUCAACUUCGGCAUGUUGGUCGUUUUUGAUGAUCCAAUGACUACAGAUAAUCAUUUACUUUCUCCCCCAGUUGCUAGAGCUCAAGGCUUUUACUUCUAUGACAAGAAGAACGAGUACAAUGCUUGGUUUGCCUACACUUUGGUGUUCAACUCGAGUGAGCACAAGGGUACUUUGAACAUCAUGGGGGCAGACUUGAUGCCUGAGAAGACUAGAGAUCUCUCCGUGGUUGGAGGCACUGGAGACUUCUUUAUGGCUCGAGGAAUCGUAACCUUACAGACUGAUACUUUGCAGGGUGACUUCUAUUUUCGUCUCAAGAUGGAUAUCAAAUUAUAUGAAUGUUAUUAGUAUCUAGAGAUGAUAUAUUUAUAAUAUAUUUUCGAUUUGGUUUGCUGGAAUAUAUGAGCUUUCUAUACAUAAUUAAUAUUAGUCAAAGUGUGUGCAAGUAGUUAAUUUGUAUUUUAAUCUUAGCUUGUAGUAGUCUAUUAUAUAUGGCUUUGGUGGCAUCUCAUCAUACGACGAAGCUCUCAAAAACUCUGCCAAGAGAUUCUGUAUCCUAAUCCUAUAUAUCUAAUGUUCAUAGUGGUGAAGUUA